AUGGGAAGAAAAUGUUCUUGCUGUGGGAAGAUAGGUCACAAUUCAAGGACAUGCUAUAGUAGAUGUAUAAGCAAAGAUAGCAGUAGAAUUGUAAAGCUAUUUGGGGUGCAACUUGAUGUGUCAUCUUCAGAUAUAAGGUUUAGGAAGAGCUUUAGCUUGGACUGCCUCUCGGCUGCUCCGGUGUCUUCGACUCUAUUUUCAUCAUCCAUUUUUGCAGAUGAGAUUUCUGAUAGAAUCUCCAAGGGUUAUCUCUCUGAUGGACUCAUGGGAAGAAAUCGAGGCAAGAAAGGUGUGUCCUGGACGGAAGAGGAGCACCUGAAAUUUCUUCUCGGGUUGCAGAAGCUCGGCAAAGGCAACUGGAGAGGAAUCUCUAGGGAUUUUGUAACCACAAGGACUCCAAUACAAGUAAGGAGAAAUGGAUCAGCUAUCCGCAACGAAUCAUCAUAUGACUGCUUUUCCACAAAGAAAAAAUCAAAAUCCUCUCAUUUUACAGGACCAGAAAAGACUUACAGAAUGCUUACAAACUCUGGUUCGUACAAUUUUCCGAUACCUCUCAAUGAAAAUGGCGAAUUGGAUCCGAGCUUGGAGCUUACGCUUGCUGUGCGCCCGCAGCGACCAGAAAAGACUUACAGAAUGCUUACAAACUCUGGUUCGUACAAUUUUCCGAUACCUCUCAAUGAAAAUGGCGAAUUGGAUCCGAGCUUGGAGCUUACGCUUGCUGUGCGCCCGCAGCGUCAGCUGGUUCAGAUUAAUUAA